AUGUACGCCAAAAAUAAAAAUCUCGCUGCUCCAUCGGAUAUCCAUGCUAAGGACAAGUUGAAUUUGUAUGUUUACGAGUAUCUGUAUCAUAUUGGUGCUUCAAAAGCUGCCCAGGGAUUUUGUGCGGAUAUGAAAUGGGAACCAAACAAAAUGUCGCUUGGCGAAGCACCUGGAUUUUUAUUUAGUUGGUGGUGCGUCUUUUGGGAUUUGUACAGUGCAGCACCUGAACGUCGAGAUCAACAUCCACAUUCAGAAGAAGCAAAAGCAUUUCACGAUUAUGGAUUUAUCAAUGUCAAUGGCAUGCCUCCUCAGCCUAAUGCAAAUCCAAACGGUCCGCCACCCAUGUCGAUGAAUGUCAAUGAAGGAAUGCAUAAUCCAAAUGUUCCAUUUUUCCCCCCACAAGGACAACCCAUGAUGAAUCAGUAUUCACGCUAUCCAAAUCCGCCGCCACGUUCACUUGUUCGUAUGUCUUCUCAAUCUGAUUAUCCAGGUGGACCUGUUAUGCCACCGCAGAUGGAUGCCGGACGAAACGGUUUACGAAUGACGUCUCCUGGAGCUCGAAUGCCAACCAAUCCAAUUGGUCAUCCUGGUCCUGGUGGACCAUUACCAAACGCAUAUCGACCGCAAGGUAUGUCACCAUCAAUGAAUCAGCCUGGACCACGAAUGUAUAUGACAAAUUCACCGGGGGUUGGCUACUCUUCAUCAUCCCCGGCUCCUUAUGGAACUCCUUGUCCAACAGGCCAUGCACCGACAACGCCAACCAUGAUGUCCAGCCCGCAAGAUUCAAAUAAUGGAGAGAUGCAGCCGUAUGUUAUGCGAAAUAUGCCUCCUGGAAUGGGCCCGGGGCCGACUCCUAUGUAUCACGAUUCACAUCUAUCCCAUAUGCCGCCAGAUAUGAUGCAUCAUGGUUCCAUCAAUGGUACACCUCUACUCAUACAUAAUUCAUGUGAAUUCGUUAUUCUUUCAGGAGACUAUGAUCAACAGAUGAAACAAUCACCUAGCCACCAACAACCACCGCAACAAUCGCAGCAAUCACUCGCACCUCCUCCUCCAGAUGUGACAAAUUUCAAUUAUUCAGAAGAUCCCAGCAACGAUACGAAUGCGAUUCUAAAAUUAAAAGAAUCCAUGCAAGAAGAAGUGAAAAAAUUCGAUAAAACACCGAACAAUUCAAACAACGAUGAUUAUAGUCAUUUCGGCUCGAUUGGUUGA